AUGACUAUCAUAAAAAUAUAUACAAGGCAGCUAAACCUUGCUGCAAUCAGACACCAAUAGCAUUGAGUUGCCAGAAAUCUACAAUACCAUAAUAAGAAAUCGCUCAAGUCAAUAUGUAACCUUGGCGGUGGAGCCAACUCUGCAGCGGUAUUUGAUACCAGCCAAGUCAACCUUCUUAAUGGGUCAACUUGAUGACAGCAUGGACACGUUAAGCUCUCAUGCCGAAGACCAAGGAGGCUAUGACUUUAUCGUCAUCGACCCACCAUGGCCGAACAAAUCAGCCCACCGCUCCAAGAAUUAUGACACCCUUGAUAUUUAUGCUCUAUUUGAUAUCCCAAUGGCUAAACUAUUGUCAUCCGAUGCCUUGGUGGCCGUGUGGGUGACGAACCGUCCAAAAUACAAACAAUUUCUUAUUGAUAAACUUUUUCCUUCAUGGAAUCUUGAGCUUGUAGGAGAGUGGUAUUGGAUGAAAAUGACGACCAUGGGUCAACCUGUCAUGCCACUUGAUUCUACCCAUCGUAAACCUUACGAGCUAUUACUUGUGGCUCGUAGCAAGGCUGGUAGCUCAAUCAUCCAUGUGCCUGAGAAGCUGGUGUUUGCCAGUGUUGCAAGUCAACACUCGCGCAAACCUCCCUUAAAUGAUCUAUUCUCUCUGUUUGACUCCAACCAUCCCGAUCGUCGUUGCUUGGAGCUCUUUGCAAGAUGUUUAGCCUAUAACACAACCAGCUGGGGCAAUGAGUGUCUCUUGUUUCAACACGACUCGUAUUUUACAAAAACUUCCAGCGCGCCAGACACACCAUGAGAUCAAGCUGACAUGCUGUAUCUUUGUCCUACGCAUGCCACUGGCGGACGGAACUUUAGAAAACAAUACACAGCAAACCUGUAAUCGAUCGCCUCCUUACAUUCAAUUAGACCAGCAUUCUGGAAAGUUUUACCGUAUUGUACCGCAACACUUUUACAGACUUUCCGUAGCUUGACCGAUUUCUCGAUUGAAACGAGUGAUCGGAAAAUUUUGACAUGUCUGCCAUGCUUGUCGUUGCGACACGAACUGUCAUUCGAUGAAAAAGCGUUACAAUAAAUUGUGAUAGCUUCCUGUAUAUAACAUAUCAAUGCUAUACAUUGUGAGG